AUGGCUUCUAGAGAUGAAUCCCCUAUAUACCCCGACUUAAAAGACAAAGUCGCCGUAGUGAUAGGAGCAGGACAAUCAGGCAACACCAACUCCAACUCCUGGGGCAACGGAGCAGCAAUCGCAAAAGUCCUAGCCGACUCAGGAGCCAAAGUAAUCGCCUGCGACGUGAACCUCGAAGCAGCACAACGUACAGCAUCCCGAAUCCACUCUUACUCCCCAAAACAAUCCUGCACCGCAAUCCAACUCAACGCAACAAACGACUCCGAAAUCAAGCAAGCAAUUGAUAGCAUUAUCAACGAGCAUGGCCGAAUCGACAUCCUCGAAAACAAUGUCGGCGGAACCCGAGCAGGCGACCCAGGUACCAUGACCGAAGAAGCAUGGGACGCACAAAUCCAACUAAACCUGAAAACGGUCUUUCUAACCUGCAAAGCCGUGUUGCCAAUAAUGGAAAAACAAGGAUCGGGUUCGAUAGUCAAUAACGCCUCGGUCGCUGGGAUGCGGUACCUUGGCAAGCCGCAGGUGGCGUAUGCAUCAGCCAAGGCGGCAGUUAUCCAUUUUUCCAAGGUUAGUGGGAUUAUGUACGCGGGGAGAGGCGUUCGAGUGAACUCUGUUGCGCCGGGGAUGGUGUAUACGCCUUUACUGGAGAUGCUAGGCAACAGCCAAUCGGACGAGGAUCGGGAAAUCUACAGGAAGAUCACAGAACAUAAUGUACCGCAGGGUAGUAUGGGGGAUGCGUUUGAUGUUGCUGAUUGUGUGGCAUUUUUGGCUAGUCGGGCUUCGAAGUAUAUCACUGGACAGAAUAUUGUUGUUGAUGGGGGACUUAUAGGAUCAACUGGAACCGGUGCCACGGCGAGUUCAGUACGGUCGAAGCUUUGA